AUGGAUACUUUGUUUUAUGGUCAGGAAAGAGAUGCGUAUUUCCGCAACGAAAACCAUUCUCAAGCGACGGAUUUUCUGGCAGAGGAACAUCGCGUUCCAGUAUCGUUCCAAUUUCUGCAUAAAGAUACUGUUUUGCAGCGUAGACGUCCCACUGAUAUCGACACAUGUGAGGAGGUGAACUUGAGUGACGGAUUCGGGACGUUGGAGUGA